AUGGCUCCCCCAUUAAAUUGGGAGAAUUUGAUGAAAAUAAAUGUUGAUUCGAUUGGGGAUGAUGAUUCUACGGAUUUGUAUAAUUCUUUAAUUGAGUUUGACCCAAAGAGCGAAACCGAUCCAGAUAAACUGACCAAACUAUUCAGAGUAACGCAAGCAGUUCUCAUAGUUAAAGGCGUUGAAGUGGAAGAAAUGGUCAACCAUUUGAAAGAACAAGCCAGUGAAGAUGGCAAGAAGACGGCCCAAAGAAAUCAAGAACUGGAAGAUUUAAAGUUCGAGUUACAAAGUUUGAGGAAAAAGAACAAAGAAUUAGAAGUAGAUGUUCAUCUAUUUUCGCCUAUUUUUUCAACAUUACAUAGACAAUAA